UUACGUACUUCCUGUUCGGAAAGAAGUCACAGCAACCAGGAAGUAAACGACGUAAACAGACCAAACGACUUUACGCAACUUCGCAGCUAGUUGUCGCAUUGUCGUAACGGAGACAGUGAUACAGUGUUUUUUUUAAUUUACUUUUAUAAUGAAGCCAGACGGUUGUAGCUGCUUUAAGCGGACCAUGUGUUCAAGUGGAGGGCAAACUCGAUUCAGCAGUGAGUCAGACAGUUAAAUCUGCCUUCAGACAGACUAAUACUGUCACCAGAAUGAUAAAACACACAUUGCGUGCGGCCAGACGUGCCUUCUCCCCCAGUCUGCGCUGCUUCUCUGACAUGCCCGACGGAGAUCUAAUCGAAGAUGUAUCUGAAUGGAAAGUCUCCCCAGACCUCACCAAGCAGGCGUCUCUCUACGUACACUGGCCUUACUGUCUCAGGAGAUGCUCCUACUGCAACUUUAACAAGUAUAUAUCCAGAGAGAACAACGACCACAUAAUGACCGAGUGCCUUCAGAAGGAGACUGAAACGUUGCUGCAGCUCAGCCAGGUAUCCUGCAUUACUUCAGUAUUUUUUGGCGGUGGGACUCCAAGCCUGGCUCACCCCUCAAGCAUUGCUGCAAUCCUGGAAACUGUUUCAAGGUGGGCAAGUCUUUGUGAUAAGGCCGAGGUCACACUUGAGGUCAACCCUACUCCUGAGGGAAUGUCAAAGUUGGAGGACUAUUGCCACGCUGGAGUCAAUCGUUUCUCCAUUGGGGUCCAGACUUUACAGGAUGAGGAUUUGAAAAUUCUGGGGAGAGACCACACUUCUCAUCAGGCUUUGCAAACUAUUACAGAGGCCAGGAAACUGUGCCCCGGGAGGGUGUCGGUGGAUGUCAUGUUUGGACGGCCCAAACAGAGCAUUGAAUCCUGGGAGAAUGAGUUGUCUGAACUUUUGAGGGUGUGUGACGACCAUGUGUCUCUGUACCAGCUGACCUUGGAGCGAGGGACCCAGCUGUUCAAACAGGUACAACGAGGAGAGUUCACCUUACCCGCUGAAGAUGUGACAGCAGAGAUGUACCGAUGUGCCAGGAAGACUCUCCAUCAGCAUGGCUUUCUGCAGUACGAGGUGUCUAACUUUGCAAGAAAUCAUCUCACUGAAAACCACAGAUGUCAACCCCAUGCGGUGUUAGAGGAAGAGAAUAUCAGAUCACCAGAUCUGAAUGCAGUGAGUCAUCACAAUAUGAGCUACUGGAAGGGAAGACAGUACAUCAGUGUUGGCCCAGGAGCACACGGACGGUUUGUUCUUCUGGGGGAGGGAGGAGUCGUCCGGGAGGCCCGUACUCAGACUCUGGAGCCUGACAUCUGGAUCCAUGAAGUCCGGCAAAGGGGACAUGGCACACGGAGGCGGAUUCAACUUGGCCACCUUGAACUGUUGGAGGAGGUGUUGGUGAUGGGAAUGAGGAUGACCGGUGGCAUCAGUCACAAGCACUGGGAGUUAUUUAGCCCUCAGCUGGGCCUCCACGAAGUCUUUGGUUUAACCACCGAAGUCCGAGAAUUGCUGCAGAGUGGACGACUCGUUCUUGAUGACAGAGGUCUGCGCUGCUCCUGGGAUGGACUGGCCUUACUGGACAGCAUGUUGCCUGCUCUUCUGGUGGAGCUGGAAAAACGAAUCCACUAGAAGCUAAAAAUAGAUGACAAUGCUGAUGGACAGACAAAGAACACAUCCAACCCACAGUGACAGGGAGAGUCUCUAGUUGAUAUUAUGUCAUUAUUGCUGCAACAUUUGUCAUGAAGUUCAUUUCACUGUCAUAUAAACAGAACUUUUUACUUUCCCGGCUACACAGGGAAUAGCCUGAAUAGCCUGAGAUGAUGUGUAUGCUCUUCCAGUAUGUGUUUGUAUUGACACUUUUUAUAAAUACACCCACCGACGAGAUGAACGUGACUCUGUAAUUCAGUAGCCGUCAUGCACAACUCACUGACAAACAGAUGCCAUUUUGGAAAGAAAAGCAGAUGUGGCAUUUCUUAAAAUUUCAGAUUUGAUUAAUACGACCACAUGCUCUUUUCACUCUAAUUACAGAGUAAGCAGAGACAAUGUUUGGCCGAGUGUUCAACUCAUUGUAACAAUACAAGUCAACAUGUGAAAAAUAAAACUGAAACAAUAGUGAAUUAAAAAUGGAAUUCCUGGAAAUCUACCGCUGCUUAGAAACCAAGCAAAUUAUAAUCUCAGAGUUUGACUCGGACACAGACUUCUUUCCAGGAAACUCCAAUAUUAAGAAACUCCAAUAUUAUUUCUCCUUGAUUUUCUGUAAUUUUCAGAUUUUCAGAUUGAUGUGGAUUCAUUCAGUCUUAUUCAAAAAGUUGACUGACCCAAUCAGCAACAACCGCGAAGUGACAAACAAACAGUUACAGCCAAAGAGAUUACUGAUGUGGUCAAUUCAAAACAUUUGAAUGAACCUGCUAAUGAAAGGACAGGCUGUUGUUUAAAUGACUGAAUAAUGACAUCCAGGAAACUGCACAAAUCCCUGUAGUCAUGGUUACUGAAGGUGUGAAGUGUUUGCACUCAUUAACUGUGUUUGUUCAUACUCUUUUGAUAUGAUAGUAAAUAGUAAUUUGAUAUUUCCUAUA